AGCCUCACCCAGUGGUGUGAAUGGCAGGGGAAGGCGGGGCCGCGCAUGCGUGCGAGGGGGCGUAGGGUGGGAGCCGCCGGGGCUAUAUGGCGGCCUCCGCGCAGGCGGCGGCGCUGAGCGCCGAGCAGGCGAAGGCGGUGCUGGCGGAGGUGAUCAAGGCCUUCGGGGCCCCCGAGAACGCGCAGCGCAUGGAGGAGGCUCGGGAUAACGCCUGCAACGACAUGGGCAAGAUGCUGCAGUUCCUCUUGCCCGUCGCCACCCAGAUCCAGCAGGACGUGAUCAAAGCCUACGGCUUCAGCAACGACGGCGAAGGGGUCCUGAAGUUCGCCCGGUUGAUCAAGUCCUACGAGUCGCAGGACCCGGAGAUCGCCAGCAUGUCGGGCAAGCUCAAGGCCAUGUUCCUGCCGCCCAUGACGCUGCCGCCGCACGGGGCCGGGACCGGCGGAGUGGCAACCUCCUGAGACCGUGGACCUCUCCCGCCGGGUCGCGGUGCUCUGGCUGGUGGCCUCCUUCCAAGGUGCGGGUUCUGUCAGCCGCGGGAAUGGAGCCCUUGGAACAAGGGAGAUGGCUGACCUGAAAGGAAUGAUGGGAUGCUUUGUGCCUGCUUGUGUGUCUGCUCGUGAAUAAAAAAUGUCUCGAAAA